AUUCUCAUCUACUUACUAAUUUAUUAUUAACUCAGAAAUCAAAGGUUUCUUUUUGUUUAUUCAAUGAAGAUGAGACUUGAAAAGCUUUUCAUUUUGUUCGGAGAGUCAGGCAACAUUUUGGGCAUGAUUUUAGGGAUCUGCUAAAGAGCCCAGACACAAGAAUAACAUACAUCCUAAGCCAAACGUAAAUCCGUCCUUAGAAUCCCCAAACUCCUGUUUCCCAGGAGGGAGUUGUUCCAAUACAAGUUUCCAUAAGAGACAGGGAGAAGAUGGACAACAACAUCACCAUGGCAGAUGCGCCACAACCACAGCAAUCGGUGGCGCUGUUGGAGCUAGUAGCUGCUCUAGAACAUGCAACUCUCAUGGCAAAACAACUUCCGGCCACCGCAGACCAGACCCACCUCUUCCAAAUUUACUCCUCUCUCCAGGUAGCCCACCACCAUCUCUCCUUCCUCUCCAAUGCCCAAUUCCCUACUCUUUCACAUCAGCUUCCUCCUGCUCCAGAGAACUCCCUCUCGUCUGCCACUGGAGCAGCCAAUGACCGUGGUGGCGAGCCAAUGCAAGUAGGUGACGAGAACGACGCGGAGGCUGAGGAGAAUUCGAAGACAUCAAUCGACAGGGUCGAGGAGAGGAUGAGGGAGUGCUUCAUCAAGAACAAGAGAGCUAAGAGGCCGCUGUCACCAUCAUCGGCCACCGUUGCAGAGGAGAGGAGGGUGGGUGAAGAUGGGCAUUUGAGGGCCGUAAAGGGUUUUGAUCCUCAUGGCGAUACGCUGAGGGCUUUGGAUCUUAUCUACCAGUUUCAUGGAUAAAUAGGACCUGGCAGAAACAGGACCGAAACAGGGGAUUCUAAAAGGUGUAAGUUUUUACAAAACAUUCUAGGUCAAUUUGGCCUAAUUGCCCUGUUAAUUGUAAGGAUGUUUUCUUUUUCCUUACUCUGCAGAACUAUUAAUUGCCA